ACGACUUCAAGCAGAGGUCGCUGCCUCUGCGCUGGUACCCCCCGCCUCCUCAUUGUCCCUGGGCGAUGAUCGAGCCCAUCGGGCGCGGAUAUGUCCCGCGACCGGACGAAGACUCUUUCGAGCUGGGGCAGGAGGCGGCGAAGAAGAAGAAGAAAUUGGAUGGGGCGUUAAAAAGACAAGAAGAGAUUCGCGAGGCUCAAGCGCGAAAGCUCGAGAACCUCAAGAAUAUCUUCGGAGACCUCGGGUCCUCGCUCGAGCGGUAUCAGAAGAUGGCCGUGCGUUCGCCAGCCGCGCACCGUUACUUCGCCAACAAAGUCAAGCCACGACCGACUUGGGCGCCCCCUAUCGAGGGCAAGUACUUGGUGGCACUCGACGGUGCCAUGAAGCACAUCGAUUUCCUCACACGUCCGCUCCGCCACCCUAUCAUCGACACCAGUAACCCGAACUUCUACAAGAUCGCGCCCAAGAUCCCGCGCGAGCAACUGGACGCCUUGCUCGAGUUCCAGCGCAGCGAGCUUGUCCUCAAGACGUGGGUGCCGCCAUUGUCGGUGUUCACCAACCCGACCAAGUGGGGGAAUACCGUCGAGUUGGUCUGCAACGCCGUGACCCUUCUACCGGUCAUGUUCGAGCGGCUCUAUUGGACACGCCACGCCGACGACGUUCAGCCGCUCAGCCCCACCGAGUGGCGCGACAUCCUCACGAUCACGCACUGGAAGGGCGUGUGGAACGAUUACCAUCGGAAGAAGUACAUCGAGGAGAAGCUGGCGGAUUUGAGGACCAAGGAGGACUGGGAUGAGGCGAAGGAGGCGGAGACGCGCGCGCAGCUGAAGGACGAGAAGAUCCCGCUCGAGCCGUACAUCCACGAGGAGUACGACAAGUACGGCAGCCUGAAGUUCUUCGGGCAGCGGCUAACCGACGAGAUCAUCUCGUGCCUCGCUCCAGGACAGGAGCGCUGGAACUUUCUCCGAGGCGACCUGACGUGCGGCCACCCAGCAACGAAGGAGCGCCUCAUCGAGGACCCGGAACUCGUACACAACAUCUUGGUUUGGUUCGAGCAACUAUCACUUAUGUUCUGGCUGGCGGACCUGAACACGCAGGUGCUUGCAAGGGAGGGGGUCCCCGCGUCAGCGAAAGGCAAAGGCUGGCGCCGCACGCCCAUCUUCUCGGACGAGAAAGAUCGGCAGCGCCCGACCGCCAAGCUCAUCAUGCAGGCCGUCCUCCACCAUCAAGUGGUCGAUAAGACCGGGUGGCCAGCCGGCGGCGAGGACACCUUCGAGUUGCCAGACGAGCUCGGACAUCUGGCGCAGCUCCUUAUUGGCGCCGAUCACGCGCACUUCGUGGACCAGUACAUGGAGCGGGAGUUGGACUGGUACACGGUCCAGGACUUGAAGGAUCUCAUGCCCGAGGGCGGUGAACCUUUCGGCUCGGUCUCCGACGCCGAGUUCUUUACUAUUCAAGAGCAACUCCACCUGCGCUACAUCCUGACUUCGUUUGGUGCUCGGCAGUGGCCCGUCGAGCGCGUCACACUCCCCGAGCACAACCUCGACCAGUACAAGUGCAAGGAGUGCCGCCCUCCCCCCGAGCCCCGCGAACGGCGCGAAGAAGAUGCUGAGGCGGCGGCGGCGUUGUCUGCCUCAUUGGGUGCUGUGGCUCCCGCCCCUCAUCCGCAUCUGGGCGAUCCUGCGCCGACGGAUGCUGUGGCCCCCGCCCCUCAUCCGCAUCUGGGCGAUCCUGCGCCGACGGAUACAGGGAUGGAUGUCCGGUUCGAAUACGAGCCCGACCCGUUCUGGGAGAACUACGACGGCCACCUUUCCGACGAGCCCGUUGACAACGAAGGGUUCUCGGACUAA